CAUAAAAUAAAGAUAUUCUGUUAAGGAAGUAGUGUACGUUCCGAUCUCCGUUGUGUAUUUUUCCAGUCUUUAAAAGCAUUUACUUGCAUCGAACAUUUCGUUGCAAUCCUUGUUAGCCAAAAAUAGCAUUUAAUAAGCUUCAGGGUAAAAGGGAGAGUUUAUGAUGGACAGCAAAGGCAGACAUGUAAUCGUUUGUGACAACGGUACCGGGUUCGUCAAGUGUGGCUAUGCCGGUAGCAAUUUUCCAGCGCACAUAUUUCCAUCGAUGGUGGGAAGGCCCAUCAUUCGGGCUGUCAACAAAAUAGGCGAGAUCGAAGUGAAGGAUUUACACGUUGAUGAUCUCAUGGUGGGCGAUGAAGCGUCCCAACUCCGAUCGCUGCUGGAAGUGUCUUAUCCAAUGGAAAACGGUGUGGUGCGCAAUUGGGAGGAUAUGUGCCACGUGUGGGACUACACGUUCGGAGCGAAAAAGAUGAACAUCGAGCCGCCAAAUACGAAAAUAUUGCUAACGGAACCGCCGAUGAAUCCAACCAAAAACCGAGAGAAAAUGAUCGAGGUGAUGUUCGAGAAAUACGGAUUCGAUUCGGCAUACAUCGCUAUCCAGGCGGUGCUUACUCUUUACGCGCAGGGCCUGAUCAGUGGUGUGGUGAUUGAUUCCGGUGACGGUGUUACACACAUCUGUCCGGUGUAUGAAGAAUUUGCGUUGCCUCAUUUGACGCGGCGACUCGACAUUGCUGGGCGUGAUAUUACGCGGUACUUGAUUAAGCUGUUGUUACUACGAGGCUAUGCUUUUAAUCAUUCAGCAGACUUUGAAACAGUGCGGAUGAUGAAAGAGAAGCUGUGUUACAUAGGAUACGACAUCGAAAUGGAACAGCGGCUCGCCCUUGAAACGACGGUGUUGGUAGAGUCGUACACGUUGCCUGACGGACGAAUGAUAAAGGUUGGCGGAGAAAGGUUCGAAGCGCCGGAAGCCCUCUUUCAGCCACACCUGAUCAAUGUCGAAGGGCAAGGCAUUGCUGAAUUGGUUUUCUCAACGAUCCAGGCUGCCGACAUCGAUAUGCGAUCAGAGCUCUAUAAACACAUUGUCUUAUCGGGAGGUUCCACCAUGUAUCCCGGACUACCAAGCAGGCUUGAACGCGAAAUCAAGCAGCUAUAUCUCGAGCGGGUUCUUAGGAACGACAUCGACAAAUUAUCAAAGUUCAAGAUUCGCAUCGAAGAUCCGCCCAGGCGAAAAGAUAUGGUUUUCAUUGGUGGUGCUGUGCUGGCUGAAGUAACCAAGGACCGGGAUGCCUUCUGGAUGUCAAAUGCCGAGUACCAAGAGCAAGGUCUAAAUGUGCUCAAAAAGCUGAGUGCUCGGACCAGCAAUUGAAGUGAUGCAGAUUAAGCUCGAAAGAGUUUAAACGAGAGAAAGCGAACCGAGAAAAAGAAAAGUUGCAACUAGAGAAUAACGCGGAGCGAGGUAGAACUAAAAGUAAUACUAAUCGCGCAUAUAACAAUUGUUCUAUCCAAAAUUUUGGGCAUCCUUAGUGACAUUAAGUAGACCUUUUUUAAUCUGUUUCAUGAUUAUCCCAUCUGUUUCAAUGAUGCGCCUCCUUAUGCUGUGGAAAUUAGGUAUUAUCCUGGGUGGGCUUAUAAGAUGUUUCAAGUACUGUUUAUUUUUUGUUUUUCCGAUUAUGCUUUUCUUUCUUAUGCUUUUUAUGAUUACGGUCGUCAAUGCGUAAAACGGUCGGAGGCUUUUGUUCUGCAUUAUUUUACUUUAUGUUACUAAGUUCGAGGCACAGUUCGUUUAAUAAGAGUUUGUAUUUUUUGUAUUUUUUUGUAUCGAUCAAAACGUUUUAUGACUGAAAUGUCACUUUUACUAAGUAUUGUUCCAACAGCUUUGUGGAAUUUAACCAUGUGUUUAAUGUAGAGUUAUACAAAACUCAAGACAAAUAGCAACAUAAUAGAAGGUCAAAGAAAACGAUGCAAAUGAAUUAUGUACGAUCAUGUAUUUAGUUAGAACUUCCAAAUAGCGAAACAAAUGCAAAAUGUUACAAUGAAAAUUAAUUUAGAUUAAACAACUUAGUGUAUACGUAACAUUUUGGAAGAAAAGUACAUUGUGUGUCGUGAUGAUGCCACGAAAAAUUGAAAUCAGUAAGUACAUAGAUUGGAAUUUAUCGACCAACAACAAAUGGGUAGGUAAAGGACGAAGAGUAUCAUUGCAGGGUUAACAUGCUGAUUUGUAAAGUGCAAGGAACAUUGUUCGUUAGUGGCGGCAAGCAUACGGUACGUCUUCCGGAUCUUCGCAGGUCAUUGAUUUUUCGUCCAACACCUUCCCUUCGCCGCAGGUUAUCAGGCGCGGGUGGCCGUCAACGCACGUAAUCAACCGGUGGCAAUCGUUCGGUACCGGGUAUCGCGGGAACGGCCAGAAGCGAGCGGCUGCUGUUCCAGGCUGUGCGGAUUGCGGGCAUGUGAAGCCCACUACUGCCUCCGGAUUGCAUACUUCAAGCAGCAGGUCGGGCCAGUUGCAUCCGUGGAUG